GUCGUCAUGAACGCCUACUCCCCCAAAGAAACCAUCGAACUCUGCGGUCGCGCAGGAACCGCCAAAGCCAACAUGCGCAUUGACAAAAUGUUCUUGUCGUCGGUCAUGGCGGGCAUGUUGUUGGCUUUUGCGUGUGCGGUCUUGUUGAGUACGAAUACGGCGCCGUGGUUUCAGGAUAAUGCUCCGGGGUUGAUAAGGACGGUGGCUGCUUUGGUCUUCCCCUUCGGUCUCACCAUGGUCGUUGUAACAGGGACAGAUCUCUGUACGGGGUCAUUCAUGUUGACGACGGUUGCUGCGCUGCAACGUCGAAUUUCGCCUGUGAGGAUGUUGCUGCAUUGGUUUGUCACCUUCUGGGGAAAUCUUGCUGGGAGCUUAUUCAUCGUCGGUCUCAUCACGGGCUACGGCGAGACUUUCAACUUGGCCGUAUACAAGUCCGAAGUCCUCAGAUUCAACAUGACCAAAGUCGUCGUUCCGACCUGGCACGCAAUCUUCCUCCGAGGUAUCGGUGCCAACUGGCUCGUGUGCAUGGCGUGCUUCCUAGCUUUUAUGGCGCGGGAGUACUUUAGCAAAGUCAUGGCGAUCUGGUGGCCCACGUUUGCGUUCGUCGCUCUGGGAUUCGAUCACGUUGUGGCCAACAUGUACUUUGUGCCCACGGCAAUUUUCCACGGUGACCCGACGAUAUCGACGACGUUUUACAUUUGGAAGUCCCUGAUCCCGGCUCUCAUCGGGAAUAUUGUGGGAGGGGCAUUGCUGGUGGGCGUGUUCUUCUGGUAUCUCUAUCUUGCUGGUGAGGGUCCCGUUGCGGUCGAUGGCGUGUACUUCGCACAAGACGUACCUCUGUUGGGCCACAACGCAGACACGCCAGGCAGUAGUGUCAACUCCCCUGAACGCCAAAAGAGCGCGUCGGAGCCCGGAGACAAGAUAGUAUAACAGAUACAAGCAUGUCUUUCUCCAGCUCGAGGGUGAAUGUUUCAGGCUAAAACAUAGACGUGGCCUGACAUUGCAUGCCAACAAUAGAAGAAAC